AUGAAUAAAUCUAUGAUUUAUUUGACAUCUAGUAAUGAUAAAUCAAAAAACGAUAUAGACAAUCAAAUACCAGAAAAAAAAGUAUUUGAAGUAGAAAAUAAAGAUUCAGAGGCAUUUUUUAUCGAAGGUAAGGCAUGUUCUCUAAAAAAAGAAGAGAAAACUAUACAUUCUUUGGAAAACACAAAUCAAUUGCAAAAAAUCAAUCAAAAUCAUCCAAAUAAAAGGAAACUGACAAAAUUUGUCUCAACUAUUAUUAAUAAUGUAAAACAUGCCUGGAUCAGAGCAAAGAGUGAUUAUCAAGAGUCAUUGAAACGAAGGAAUAGGCGUUUGCUGACGAAAAAAUAUGUACAUUCACGUUCUUUGCGUCAGCAAAAAAACUCAACAAAAGUAAGAAGACGUAUGCCUUUUCCUAAGAAAAAUAAAGAUAUAUCAACUGAAAAAACACUGCAUGAUGUUAUUUCAAAUGCCUCGACGUUUUCAACUACUUUUCAAUCGUGUACCGAAUGGUUACCUACUGAUCCGUUUAAAGUUCGUGAAUCGCAUAUACCUUUAGAAACUUUAGAUAAAGAAAAUAAGAAGGCUCCUUUGGAGACAUUGGAUGUGGUGAAUCAUCAAUUGGAAACAUCGAUGGAAAAAUCUUUUGAGGUAGAAGCUAUAUAUUCCGAGGUAACAUCUUUAAAAGAGGAACUUGAAGAAACAAGAAAACGGCUUGAAAUGUUUGAAAAGAAGUAUGGCUUAUUUGAGGAUCUUUUUGUUAAAACAAAGAAUGAUUCAAAAACACAUAUUGUUCUUGAAACAGAUGAUUAUGCGAUGAAUGAUAUAACACGUUUAUCACUAAACCCCUCUCAAGAAUCGGCCGCGUCUGCAGGUGCUUUAGAUAUUUUUAACUCUGAUAAAAAUCAUGAAUUUGAUGACGAUCCUUCUCUUGAAAUAUUGUCUCCUGUUGUUCUGCAAAAUAAAAAUUAUGAUUACAACAUUGCUGCAAUUUAG